GUUGGCCCAAGGACUGCAGCGAGAUCCCUGCUGGCCGCCGCAGCGGUGUCUACGUCAUCCAGCCCCCAGGACUGCACCCCAUCGUGGUGUACUGCGAAAUGAAUGGGACAGACAGGGGCUGGACGGUCAUCCAGAGGAACCGGCGGAGCACGGAGAUCACCUGGGCUGAGUCCUGGAGCACCUACAAGUACGGCUUUGGGAACGUGAACACCGAGUACUGGCUGGGCACCGAGUACAUCCAUCAGAUCUCCAAGCAGAAGGUCUACCAGGUCAGGUUUGUCAUCUGGGACGCCACAAACAACACCAAGUUUGCAGACUACAACCUCUUCAGUGUGGAAGAUGAAUCCCAGGGCUACCGACUGAGGCUGGGAGCGUACUCGGGGUUGGCAGGGGAUGCCAUGACCUCAAACAGUGCUUCCACUGUGCAUGACAACAUGAAGUUCUCCACAAAAGAUCAGGAUCAGGACACUCACAGCGGGAACUGUGCCUCCAGCUACGGGGGUGGGUGGUGGUACUCGGCAUGUUAUUCUGUACGCCUGAACGUCAAGGGGGCCAUAACGUGGGGCAGCCUGUGCAACGGGAACUGCCAAGCUUCCGCCAUCCUCAUCAAACCAGCUUCCUACUGCUAG